AUGUCGACACCACCCACUCUCAGCGGCAUCCACCACAUCAGACUCCCGGUCUCGUCCAUCGAGCAAACCUUCCCCUUCUACCAAGACAUCCUCGGGCUGAAGCAUAUCGCCGCGUGCGACCACAUCAACAAGCAAGGCGAGCGCUUCGCCGUCAUUCUCGAGUCGAACCAUCGUGGAGUUCCCAUGCUCGUGGAGCUUCGUAGAAAUCCAGAGCAAGCGGCGAAGCAAGUAUACACGAAUCCGAUCGUCUGGGCUGUAUCGAAAAGAAGUGAUCUUGAUGUUUGGAAGGGGUGGUUAGAGAAGCAGGAUGUGAAGUGUAGUAAAGUCCUCACGGGAAUCAAAGUCUGGGUACUUUGUGCAUUGGACCCAGAUGAGAAGAUGGUGAGGCUGUAUUGUGACGAGUCCCAUGAGAUGACGACGGAUUACGAUGUUGAUGAGUUCUGGCUGAGAGAUUAG